CAAGAUUUUGAUUUUAUCGACUCAAACACUAGACAAAACACUGUGAAAGUCCUCCUUUCCCCACCACCUUCUACCCAGUGGCCAGUACUCUUUCCUCUUGCACACCGAACUCCCAAAUUCUAAUAUAACGUCUGCAUAUAAAAGCUUAAAUUAAAUCAAGUUUACUCGCCAUCUAGGGCUGACUUCAAGCAUAAAUCGCGUCACAUGACUGUGAUGGCACCACCUGCUCCGAAUGAGCAAGAGGAUGAGGACAUGCUGGUCCCGCGAUCGGAUUUGGUGGAAGGGCCUCAAACCGCAGAAGAAGCAGCAGAAAGUACUGCAGAAAACCAGCCAGCAGAGGAUCCUUGUACGACCAAGUUCUAUUGGAAAAUUGAGAAAUUUUCUAGACUGAACAUGAAGAAGCUCUACUCUGAAAUAUUUGAACUCUGUGAAUAUAAAUGGCGUAUUCUUAUAUUUCCAAAGGGGAAUAACGUUGAGCAUCUAUCCAUGUAUUUGGAUGUGGCUGAUUCAGCGUCUUUACCUAAUGGAUGGAGUAGAUAUGCCCACUUUAGUUUGGCUGUUGUUAAUCAAGUUCAUGUCAAGUAUUCAGUCAGAAAAGGUGGAGACACUGUUCUCAAUGCCUAUGCAGAUGAUUGUGCUGAUGUGAAAUACAGAUUCGAAGGUUUUCUUGUCAAUGACACCUGCAUAAUUGAAGCUGAGGUUGCAAUCUCUAGAGCUAUGGAUCCAUGGCUAUACAAUUCAAAGAAAGAAACUGGUUUUGUGGGACUAAAAAACCAAGGGGCUACCUGUUAUAUGAAUUCUCUUCUCCAAACGCUAUAUCAUAUUCCUUAUUUCAGGAAGGUUGUAUACCACAUGCCAACCAAUGUCAGUGAUAUGCCAACUGCAAGUAUCCCAUUGGCUCUGCAGAGCUUAUUUUAUAAGCUUCAAUACAGUGACAGCAGUGUUGCAACAAAGGAGUUGACAAAAUCCUUUGGGUGGGAUACAUAUGAUGCUUUUUUGCAACAUGACGUACAAGAACUCAACAGAGUUCUUUGUGAAAAGCUUGAAGAAAAGAUGAAGAGAACUGUUGUGGAAGGCUCCAUACAGCAGUUAUUUGAGGGCCAUCAUAUGAACUAUAUAGAAUGCAUCAACGUGGAUUACAAAUCUAGUAGAAAGGAAUCAUUCUAUGAUCUUCAACUUGAUGUUAAGGGCUGUAAUGACGUCUAUGCCUCAUUUGAUAAGUAUGUCGCAGUUGAACAUCUAGAUGGAGACAACAAAUAUCACGCCGAACAAUAUGGUUUACAGGAUGCUAAGAAAGGUGUCUUGUUUAUUGACUUCCCUCCAGUUCUCCAGCUUCAUUUAAAGCGGUUUGAAUAUGAUUUUUCGCGAGACAUUAUGAUUAAGAUAAAUGACCGCUAUGAGUUUCCGCUUCAACUUGAUCUGGAUAGAGAUAAUGGCAAAUACUUGUCACCAGAAGCUGAUAGACGAGUACGCAACCUUUACACACUUCACAGUGUUUUGGUCCACAGUGGUGGUGUGCAUGGUGGACAUUAUUAUGCUUUUAUAAGGCCCACUCUGUCCAGCCAAUGGUAUAAAUUUGAUGAUGAACGAGUGACCAAAGAGGACAUGAAAAAGUCUAUGGAAGAGCUAUUCGGUGGUGAGGAAGAAGUAGUUGUUGCAAGUUACAACCUUACAUUUGGAUCAUCUCAGCACAUGAUGCAGACAAAUCAGGGAAUCAAUAAUACACCCUUCAAGUUUACAAAGCAUUCAAAUGCUUAUAUGCUGGUGUAUAUACGUGAAAGUGAUAAGGAUAAAAUAAUGUGUCCUGUUGAUGAGAAGGACAUCGCGGAGCAUCUUAGGGAGCGGCUGAAGAAAGAGCAAGAGGAAAAGGAGCAAAAGAGAAAAGAAAAGGCUGAAGCUCAUCUUUAUACUGUUGUAAAGGUUGCAUGUGAUGAAGAUUUUGCUUGGCAAAUUGGUAGGAAUGUCUUUUUUGAUUUAGUGGAUCAUGAUAAAGUGAGGAGCUUUCGUGUCCAGAGGGCAAUGCCAUUUAACAUUUUCAAGGAAGAGGUCGCAAAGGAAUUUGGCAUACCUGUGCAAUUCCAGCGCUUUUGGCUGUGGGCAAAGCGCCAAAACCACACAUGUCGUCCUAACCGGCCAUUGACUCAACUUGAGGAAACAGAAACUGUUGGACAUUUGAGGGAUGCAUUUAAUAAUGUUCAGAAUGCUGACCUGAGGUUAUUCUUAGAAUUGGAGCUUGGACCGGAUUUGCAGCCCAACACUCUCCCUGAUAAGGGUAAAGAUGACAUUCUGUUAUUCUUCAAGCUUUAUGAUCCAGAAAAAGAAGUGCUUAGAUAUGCUGGAAAACAUUUUGUUAAGAGCAUGAGCAAGCCAAUAGAUAUCUUGGCGAAACUAAAUGAGAUGGCAGGCUAUGCUCCUGAUGAAGACAUUGAUCUCUAUGAGGAAAUAAAAUUUGAGCCCCAUGUCAUGUGUGAACUGAUUGACAAGAGAUUUACAUUUAGAUCUAGCCAGCUUGAGGAUGGAGACAUAGUUUGCUUUCAGAAAUCUCUUUCAGCCCAGGCUCGUCAACAACUUCGUUGUCCAGAUGUUCCAUCAUUCUUUGAAUACCGUUAUAAUCUCCAAGUUAUUCAUUUUCGGUCCCUGGAAAAGCCCAAGGAGCAUGAAUUUUCUUUACAACUGUCAAAGCUCGACACAUAUGAUGAAGUUGUCAAAAGAAUAGCUCACCAUCUUGGAAUAGAUGAUCCUUCCAAAAUUCGUCUCACGUCACAUAAUUCAUAUUCACAGCAGCCAAAACCUCACCCCAUAAAGUAUCGAGGGGUAGAUAAUUUGCUAGACAUGUUGCUGCACUACAAUCAGACAUCUGAUAUACUGUACUACGAAAUCUUGGAUAUGCCUCUGCCAGAACUACAAGGUUUAAGAACACUGAAAGUAGCAUUCCGUAAUGCAUCAAAUCAUGAAAUGACAAUUCACAACGUCAGAGUGCCGAAAGAAGGCACUGUCAGUGAUAUACUUGAUGAUAUCAGGUUGAAGGCUGAGCUGUCCCAUCCAGAAACUGAACUUAGGUUACUGGAAGUAUUCAGCCACAGGAUCUACAAGAUAUUUCCAUCCAGUGAAAAGAUAGAAACCAUAAAUGACAACUACUGGACUUUACGAGCGGAAGAGAUACCCGAGGAAGAGCGAAAUCUCGGUGAACAUGAUUGCUUGAUUCAUGUAUAUCAUUUUAUGAAUGAAGAAAAUCAGAACCAAAUGAAAAUUCAAAACUUCGGUGAGCCAUUUUUGUUGGCCAUUCGUGACGAUGAGACUUUAGCUCAUGUAAAGACUCGUGUACAGAAAAAGUUAAAUGUGCCGCAUGAAGAAUUUUCUAAGAUUUACUUCUACUUAUGCCUUAAUCUUUUUGUCCAGUGGAAAUUUGCUUAUGUUUCACAAGGCCGGGCUGAGUAUCUAAAGGAUUCAGACAUACUAUUGAGUCGUUUCCAGAGGAGCGGCAUUUAUGUUGCUUGGGAGCAAUAUCUUGGACUUGAACAUGUAGAUAAUGCUCCAAAAAGGCCUCUUGCUGCUAAUCAGUAUCGUCAGCCAUAUGAGAAGGCUGUGAAGAUAUACAACUAAGAGGGCAGUUGCUGGGGUAUCAGAGGCAGUACUCUUUUCGGGGACUAGAACUGGGAGAACACCUUGGACUUGGAGUAGUAAAAUGACUUAAUAAGAGGUUCUGCAGGCUCUUCUCGUAUGAUAAUUGAUAAAUAUACAAGGAGCUUCCCAAGCCGUCAGUUUGUAAAGUCAGAUCUUCAUUUAUUGAGGAUCCAAUUUACAUUUGAUUUGACAACACAUGGUUGCUUUUCAGCAUUCUCCCCGUUUGAGGCACGCGCUCUCUUGAAGGUGCGAGUUAAAGUUUAUUUUAGCUUUUACAGGUUUGUAGAAGGAAAUUUUGGCUUUGUCUAUACAAUUUAAGCGGGAAGAACCGAUGCGAGUUUUGUAUAGGGAUUUUUGUGAGUUUGUGGUGGAAAAAAAAUGUGCUUUCAUGUAUAGAAGCCUACUAGAAACUUAGGGGGCUAUUUGGAUAUAGUUUCAAC